AUUUUUUUGCGGUUGUCAGUUGUUUGGUAGAAAGAAUUUUGCGAGGAACAAUCGCGAACAGCUGGGGAACAGUUGAGUGCGAUAACAAGAGCGGGGGAAGUAGAUUCACAUGAUUGUGGUCGGGCACUGUAAGAAUCCGGUGAAAAAUUAUCAGUUAGGGGACAUUUGCGGUGGCAAGUGGUGUCAAGCGCGUUGAUUUUGUGGGUAAUUAUUUCUGCUAUCGACACAAAAAAGAAGAUGGUGAAUUUGGGUGAUUUGUUCCCAAACUUUAAGGCCGAAUCAACGAUCGGCACAAUUCAAUUUCACGAUUGGUUAGGAGAUUCAUGGGGCAUAUUAUUUUCUCACCCUGCAGACUUUACUCCUGUUUGCACAACAGAACUAAGCCGUGUUGCCGAAUUAGUUGGAGAGUUUGAAAAACGGGGUGUGAAACCAAUUGCUUUGUCUUGUGAUUCAGUAAGCGCCCAUGAGAAAUGGAUUGAUGAUAUCAAGAGUUAUGGAAAUCAAGCCAAACCAGGAUUUCCUUACCCAAUUAUAGCUGAUGAAGGCAGAGAGUUGGCUGUGCAAUUGGGAAUGUUAGAUCCUAAUGAAAAAGAUAAGGAUGGUUUGCCUCUGACAUGCCGAGCUGUAUUUAUAGUAGCACCUGACAAGAAGCUUCGUUUAUCUAUGUUGUAUCCAGCUACAACCGGACGUAAUUUUGAUGAAAUAUUACGAGCCAUAGAUUCUCUUCAACUCACAGACAAUAAGAAAGUGGCCACACCAGCUGAUUGGAAGAGUGGAAGUGAUUGUAUGGUCCUUCCCACAGUCCAAGAUGAAGAGGCUAUUUCUCUUUUUCCCAAAGGGAUCACAGUAAUGCCUAUGCCUUCAGGAAAAGCCUAUUUGAGGAUCACUCCAUAUCCUGAUUCUUAAGUGUCUACGCUAAAUGCUUGUGAUAUAGAUCUGAACAUGUUAAACUUAAUUUAAUUUUAAUUAGUACUUAAAAUUCCAUUUCAGUAUUUGUUUCAUUUGUCACUAUUGAAUAAUGAUUUCAAUAUUGAAAUCUCAUUUGCAAACUAUGAAGUACUUACAUAUUGUUGAAAAAUAAUAUAAAUAUACUAAAAUUUCAGUUCCAUGAGCGUCAUUAAAUGGUAUUGUAAGUAUUGUAAAAGCAAUGACUGAGAUAUAGUUACAUCAGUCACAGAUUGUUAUGAAUUUUUCAUGUGAAAAUUUCUUGUAUUUAAUUUACUUAAUAAAAGAAAUCUUCAUACAAGUAGUUAAUUGAAGAAAGUUCUUUCUACAAAUUCUGUCUCCAUUAAGAUUUCUUCAUUAUAUCCUUACUUUUGGUUUGAAAGUUAAGUUGCAGAUAAAGCCCACUGGGAUGGGAUCUUUGAUUUUACUCUCCUUUUUUGUUUAAAGAAACUCUAAUGAUUGUGUAACAUAAACUAUAGUUAAGUGCACUUGCAAGCC